GAGUGUCUAGUGCUGACCGCUAGAUGCCACUCCACUCAGAGUGGUGUAUAUCCCCGCUAUGCAGAGCUUCCAAUAGACAGUCUUACACACACACUAGACGUUACAACAUGGUGUCAGAAGUGUGCUCUCACAGCUCGACGGUAUUGAAUCACAACCGCGUGGCCUGUGAGUAUUGAACUGCAUCCUUCUUUAUCGACGGCAUCCUAAGUGUUUUGGAACUGCAUCCGUCUCUAUCUCGUGCAUCCUUUUGUCUUGCACUAUUUUUUUAAAAUGUCGUCUUCAUUGAGAGCUCCGGAACCCUUUUCUUUUGGGGCCAGUGAUUUGGCUGCCCAGUGGGGAAUUUGGCGUAAACAGUUUUCAUGGUACUUGGUGGCCACGAAUAGCGGCCUUAACGUGGAUGAAGAGCAAAUGGUGGGUGUGCUAAUCACUCUUCUUGGCAGUGAGGGCCUCAAAAUUUAUGAUUCUUUUGUAUUCACCGAUGCUGCCGAUGCCAGAAAAAUUGAACCAGUUUUAGACAAGUUUACAGCACAUUUUGAGCCCCGGCGUAGUGAAGUGUUCGAACGUUUCAAAUUCUUGCGCCGUCAUCAACUUCCUGGGGAAACUUUAGACGCGUGGCUAAUUGAUCUCCGCGGUCUGGUAAAAACAUGUGGCUAUGGAACUGGUGUUGAUUCGGUCUUACGAGACCAAAUAGUGCUAGGUGUUGCUGAUCCUUUGGUCCGUGAGAAGCUACUGUUUGAAAAAGAUUUGUUACUGAACACGGCGUGUGAAAUUGUGCGUGCAUGUGAGUCGUCUAAAGCCCAGCUCAGCCAAAUCAACACAGCUUCGACGACAGAAACUGCUCACGCCAUGCAGAGUCGGUAUGGUAGCCGAAAGUUCGACAAAAAGCCGGAGUCGUCAAAUUCAUCAUUCAGAGCACCUGUCGGUAAGCAGCCAACAACAAGUCAACGCGCAGCCCAGGUGAACAAUCCGAUAGACGGCCAUCAAUACAUCAGGUGCAACAGUUGUGGUCGCUCUCAUAAGAAAAAUCAGUGUCGUGUCACCCAUGUCACGUGUCAUACGUGCGGGGUAGUUGGCCACGUUUCUAGUUGCUGCGGUAAUUUUUCAAACCCCCGCCAGAUGCCACCACGUCAAGCGACUAAUCCCGCGGCUUCAGUUCAUACAGUAGAAGAAGUAGAAGAUGGAUCGCAGUGGAUUGGCAAUAUUCAAAAUGGCGGUACAGCGAUGACUCUCCCACGUUCAGUUGGUGAAGAUUAUUAUGUCUCACAUGAGAUAACGUCGUCUAGCGGUGGAUCCGAGUGGUAUCAGCAGUUAUCGGUAGAUGGCGUUCUAGUAAAGUUCAAACUGGAUUCUGGUGCAACUUGUAACAUUCUUCCGUACGAGUCAUUCGAGCGUCUACCUACCAACCGCCGACAUCUCCGGCCUGGACCUGUAGUGCGCAGCUAUCGCUCAAAGGAUGGCCUACUAAAUGUGCUGGGAGUGCACACUGCAAAAGUCGUCCACAAAGGCGCUGUCUUCGUUGUGGAUUUUGUCAUCGUUGAUGAGCCAGGCCAGCCGCCCCUUUUUGGUCUCCCGUCUUGUCAAACGCUCAACCUGAUUGGUCGGAUUGACUCUCUACAGUCGACAGCCGACACUACGCUUCCCCCGGUGGUGGUGGAAUUCAUGGACGUCUUCAGGGGUUUAGUUGUCUGUGCUGCCAGCCGUCUUCCGUUUCGGCUAGAGGACAAAGUUUUCAAGAAACUGGAAGAAAUGGUUGGUGACGGAAUCAUCGUACCAGUGCACGAGCCAACCGACUGGGUCAGUCGGAUGAUGGUGGUGGGAAAGCCAAAUGGAGAUGUCCGAAUCUGUCUUGACCCAUCCGAGCUCAACAAGGCCAUACAACGUCAGCACUUUGCUGUGCCCACAGUCGAGCAACUCUUCAGCAAGUUGACAUCCUACCUGUGUACUAUGGCGACACCAAAAGGACGAUAUCGUUUCCUUCGACUGCCAUUCGGAUUGAAGUCAGCUCCCGAGAUUUAUCUGCAAACGAUGAACGACCUCUUCGGUGAUCUGCCUGGCGUGCUUAUCUACUUUGACGACUUUCUCGUGACGGGUGAAACAAAGGAAGAGCUUCUCACCAACCUCCGUCAAGUGUUUGAGCUUCCGUGGCUGGGUCACGUCAUCGGCCAAGGAACCCUAAAGCCGGAUCCCAACAAGAUCACUGCCAUAGUUGAUAUGCCUGAUCCUACCUGUCCAGCAGAUCUAAUCCGCCUCCUGGGCAUGGUGACGUACCUGGACAAGUUUUGCCAAAACCUUGCUGGUCUGACAAGGCCACUACGAGACCUGCUUAAAGCGGAUGCUGCAUGGGUUUGGGAGGAGCCUCAACGGUUGAUCCUUGCCCAGCUUAAGACGGCCUUGACAUCGCUUCCUGUACUGCGCCUGUUUGACCACUCACUUCCGCUGGUCGUGUCGGUCGAUGCCUCUCCUGUCGGCAUUGGUGCGGUACUGCUUCAAGGUGGCCAGCCGAUCGCAUACUCAUCAACAUCCCUCACUGUGACGCAAAAGCGGUAUUUCCAGAUUGAAAAAGAGCUGUUGGCGGUCCAGUUUGGGCUCCUACGCUUCCGGCAAUACAUUUAUGGGCAAAUGGUUGUGGUGGAGUCUGACCACAAGCCACUGGUGGGUCUUCUGGACAAGCCAAUCGCGUCUUGCUCUCCUCGGAUCCAGCGGAUGCGUCUCCAACUCCAGCGGUUCGACUUCCAGCUUGUCUACAAGCCAGGCAAGGAGCUGUUCAUCGCUGACACACUCAGCCGAGCCCCGUCGCCCCUCCUUUUUUGUGAUGAUGUCACUCAAGACUGCGAGGAACAAGUACAUGCUGUUCUUAAUCUGGUCAUACCUGAAGAUUCCACUCGUGUUAAGUUCGCGGCGGCAACAGCGGCGGACCCGACUCUUCUCCUCAUCAAGGAAAUCGUCAUUCGUGGAUGGCCAGAACACAAAGCCCAGUGUCCAGUGGCCGCGAAGCCAUUCUGGUCAGUUCGUCAUCACCUAGCUGAGGUGGAUGGUCUUUUGCUCAACGGCAGUCGUCUGGUGGUUCCGGCUUCUCUUCGCCAAGAGGUCUUGGCCGGAAUUCAUGACGGCCAUUUUGGUGAGGUUAAGUGCGUCCUCCGCGCCAGGUCGGCAGUAUAUUGGCCUGGGUGCGAGGACCAAAUUCGGAAUGUGGUGGCCAGCUGCCCCACCUGCCAGGCUCAUCGUCAUCGCAAUCCAGCUACACCUGUUCGUCCGGUGCCGUUGCCAGUUCAUCCCUUUCAGUGGGUGUCGGCGGACAUUUUUCUUCACGAUGGAGUAAACUAUCUUCUCGUCGUCGACGCUUACAGCAAGUGGCCAACAUGUGUGCCGUUGCGCACCUUAUCGUCCUCGUCGGUCAUCGCGGAAGUAGAGCGCAUUUUUAGCGACUUUGGGACUCCUGAAAUCAUCAAAUCGGAUAAUGGUUCGCAAUUCGACUGUGCUGAGUUUAGGGCAUUCUGUGACAGCCGCAACGUUCGCUCCGUCACGUCCAGCCCAACCUAUGCUCAAUCGAAUGGCCUGGUGGAGCGCCAUAUUCAAACGGUGAAAAUGACUCUCGUUAAAAUGUUUGAAGGCGGGCCUUCCCUUUGGGAGUCUUUGGCGGCCAUUCGGUCGACGCCUAUUUCAUCUGAUCUUCCGUCUCCGUCGGUGCUGCUACAGGGUCGUCAUCUCCGCGGAAAGCUGCCGUAUCUCCACAACCGUCUAGUGCCUCAGUUUGUGCCAGCCCCCUUUGUUCGUGAACAGCUUCAGCGCCGUCAGGCGUCCGCUUGUUUCUAUGGCGGAGGACGUCCUGAUGUUCGUGGGUCGGCGCUGAUCGUCGGCCAACAUGUUCGCGUUUUCAUCUCGGGCUUAUGGCUGCCAGGCUGGAUUGAGACUGUUUGCCCCGAACCUGACUCCUAUGUUGUCCGCUUGAGAGAUGGCAGGGUUUUUCGUCGCACGCGUCGUGACAUUAAUAUUGACAACGCGCAGUCGGCCGGAUUUGGUGGAGUGGCUACUAACCCCAACUCUGUGGCACGUGGAACUCGACAGGCAGUGCCCAUCCAUCGCCCCGCUUUUGCUGGCGGUCUGCUUCCGGUUUUGUCGUUGCCACUGCCUAUUCCUCCAGCGCCAGCGGUGCGCAAUCGGUUGGGUCCAGUCACUGCACGUCCGUCCGUUCAUCAGCCUUCACUUCCUCCUGCCGGGGUGGCUCCACCCUCUAGUGUGCCUACUACACCAGGGUCCCGCUUGUCUCUGGAUCCACCCCGUCGAGCGAUGCCGGCCCCGCUGCCUUCAUCUGGCGUCGCGCUGCCAGCCGGCGUAAUUCAUAGCCCUAGUGCUACUCGUUCUGGCCGCCCUUAUUUGCGCCGUUUCUGAUAGAGUUCUGAUCUGUGUAUUGUCUGUUGCUGUCAGUCUCUUAUGUUAACUGUUCGUUUCUGUCCUGUCCCUGUCAUUAAUCAAUUGUCCUGUCUAUGGGUGAAUGUUGUUUUAAUGAUGUGAUCUGUUUGUAGUCAUUAUGCGAGGGGGGAGAUGUUAGAGUGUCUAGUGCUGACCGCUAGAUGCCACUCCACUCAGAGUGGUGUAUAUCCCCGCUAUGCAGAGCUUCCAAUAGACAGUCUUACA